UGAGAGGAAAAACGAUUCGGCUCUGCAAGGUGAAUGUUACGCUGUCGUGUGGGGAAUCCAACAUUUCCAUCCGUAUCGGUACAGACAGAAAUUCCUCCUCGUCACAGACCAUGAGCCCUUGCUGGCUCUCAAGAAGCUGACUAACUACAUGGGCAUGAUUGGGCGUUGGGCUGUGCGACUGCAAGAGUACAAUUUUGAUAUCGUCCAUCGGAAGACAGAGAAGCACGGCAACGCUGACGGACUGACACGAUUACAUCGGCCCAACAAGGUAGCCAAGGGUGACGAGAUUACGCCGUGGAAAGAGCUAGAGUUGAACGGCGAGCCCUCGCGAUCUUACUUCUCUGCAUCCGGUGCGCCAUACCGAGAUCUUCCAACAGCUGAGAGCCCGGGGGACGGAUAUCACGAGGGCGUGGGUGCAAUCGUUGGCUCGGCCACGCGAUCGGGUCGUGACGACCAACAAUAUCGACCUUCAACUUCGGGUGUCUCUUACUGCGCCGGAGGUCGACCUUCCCGAGCUUCUUCCUUUCGCCCCGCCUCGAUGAACCGUCAUCGCCUCUCCACCUUCACCCUCCCUUCGGAUGUCCCCGUGUUCUGGCAGUCUGCCGAGGACACAUCCUUAUCCUUCACGGUCAAGCACCUGGACGUGCCGAUCCUGUGCGCGCUGCUGUGGGGCCCGUGGUGGCAGUGGCAAGCUUACGUAGCGCUCAGCUUCUGCCUUCUCGACGUCGCAUUCCAUUGGGCCGAGCCUGCAGACCGGACUGUGGAGAGUGAGGUUCCAAACAAUGAGGUAGAGCUGCUGCUCGUUCAAGCGUGGAGGACAGGUACGGAGGGAGAUUUCCUGGGGAUCAUAUUCGGGGAAGUGCGCGAUGACAAUUUGAGCGCCAUCACAGACGAAUUGCUGGUAUUCCUGGUCCAAGUGUUGGACGAUCUGCCACUGGAGAUCCUGUCGCGCUGCGACGAAAGACCAGGAACGGCCACGCUUACUCGCUCAUUGGAGUCGCAACUCCUGUGGGCCACGUGUACGGAGCUAGACGAGUGGAACUACUAUUUGGCGUCGAGGGGCGUGUAUCUGACACCGGACGUCACCGAUCUGUCCACGUGGGACCCACUCGUCCGACGCGUCCCUGAAGGGCAAACGAGCGAGGAGGCAAAGGAGGAGGAAGAAGAAGAGUUCGAAGAGUCGACGGAGGAGGAGGAGCGGGACGACGAUCCUGAUUACCGGGAGUCUGAGGCCGAGGUGUUGGGAGAGGCUGUAUCGGGGGAAGACAACGAGGAACAGGAGGACGACUCGGAGGAGGAGACCGGCGAAGAGGAAGCCACGUCGACUGAUUCGAGUGAAGCAGCCAAGCUGACGAGGGAGGAGCAGGAAGCUGAGGACCGAAAAUGGUGGGAGAAAGUGGAAGGCAAACGUUCGAUCGAGGACUCAGGACCGCCACUGCAGCUGCUGCAGGGAAAUCAUGCGCUCAAUCCGGAGCCUCCGCGAGAAGAAGACGAUAAUUGUUGGUAUCAGAAAUCCUGUCAAGGUCUCGUGACUCCCUACUGGUUGAAUGUUGAGAAGGGAGAGGACAUCGAAGAGGGUGCAUACGUGUGGGUCAGGGCUCGACGACUUGCCUGGAAGGAAGGAAUAGCAAGGGGGGGAUCGCCGCUUCUAGGACGAUUCCUCGAGGUCCAGGCUACAGUCUUCUUGGACGAAGGCACGUGGACCGAGGUUUGGAGGGGCUUAGUGACUAGGCUAGACGCUCAUACGGGGUAUCUCGAAUCCGCAAGGAAGGUAGCAAACGACUUGGUCCUGACGAAUUACGAAGAGGGGACAUUCAAAUCGUGGACUGAAGUGUCCUUCGCCGAGCCGAGCGAGGCUCCACGCGCCUCCAAGGUCGUUCAUGCGGGGUUGCCUGACUUCCUGGCACAGUCACUCAAAAAGGACCCGGAAGGGAGAGUGGUAGAGGUACUCCAAGCCGCGCUACGAUCUGGGGUACGGACGCGAGGGCUGUUUUGGCUCUACACUCGGUGUGUCGACGCUGGGGUUCCGCCGAGGAGAGAGGUGAUGAUAAGGGGAAUCCCCGGAACUCUUUGGGCUUCGAUAGGGCCUAUAGAAGGGGCAGGGGAAGUCGUUUACAUCACGUUACCAAAGGCGAGCCAAGGGGGUCCCACGAAAACCGUUCGAAGGGAAGUGUCCGAAAUCCGCCAAGGGAAGGCGUUCGUUCGGCUGUCGGUGAGUAGUGAGGAGGGGUUGGUAAUCGGGGAAACCAAGAUAUUCCUUUCGAAGGAGGAUCUCCUAGAGGUAGUCCGAAAUUCGAAGUUGGGAGAAAACCCACUCUUAGACGCGCGAGCGGUACAGGGCCGUCUGGAGAGACUAGUGGAGGAGGUGGGUCCGCAAGAGAGGGGCCGAAAGAUAUAUCAGGUGACAUACGAGGGGUGGGAAGAGGUACCGCUAUUUGUCAACAGUGACCCCGUAGGAGUCCCCCGUUUCAUCCUUGAACGGGUCUACCCCUCCGAAGCGGUCAAGAGGGUCGUGGAGCGUAGGAUCUCGAUCUUGAACCAAUUUCGGUUCACGAGGUCGGACCUGCACUCCCUGCUAACGUGGUGCCUACGGAAUCCGUACCAGGACAGUUGGUCGUCACUAGAGGGUCUGAGCUACGCAUUCGAAGGUUGGGGCCAACACGUGAGGGUGUCGACCGUCUCGUGGAGGUACAUGGGGAAGAUCUGUGAGGCGGGGUUGGAAGGUCCAAAGGCGGCAGUGAGGAACAAGAAUCGAGUGAGGGGGAGGGGAGCUCGUCGGAAGGACAGGAGAGCGACACUAGCGAAGGAGGCAACUAGCGAACUGGUGAUAGGGUGCAUGGAAAGUGUGGUGGAACACGGAAUCACUCAGUCACCUAGGACCACUGACAUGGGCCGAACCGAGGAGGAUACCGAGUUAGGGGCAAGAUUAAGCAAGUCGGUCGAAGGAGUGACCGAGGGAGCGGAGGUUGUCGGCAGGGCCUUAAAGAACACAGGGGCGCCCCUCGGAGAGAGAACUAUGGAGCUAAGAGCAAGUCCCGAGGAGCGUUUGCACCAGGAAGUGGAGCCGCGAAUACCGGUAAGAGAAAGGGUGGCGGAGACCACGAGGGGCUUCCCGAUCGAAACUCGAUGGUCGGGUCGAGUGGACGCUGAAGAAAGGGUCGAGUGGACGCAAGAGUUCCCUCGUGAUAAGGCCGGGUGCUGGGCACCGAGGAGGGGUGAAGAAGGCAGUCUAAGGAGGAGGGAUUUGGGGGACGAUCGACCAACGGAAAUUGGGGGAGGACCGCGAAGAUGGGCCGAGAGAGAGACCGGAUCCGGAUGGGUGCAGGAGGAAGCUGUAGGAAGGAAUGUGGGAGGAUUCGGGGAUGUCUGGAGGGGGUUUAGGGGCCAAGAAACCAUGUGUUGGGAAUGCGAGGACCCGGGAGAGAGUGGUCGUCGUGAGGAGGAACCGUGGGGGCCUCCAAGGGCUCGACCUUGGGUGGAAGAAUUAGAUCCAGCCUGGUACAAACCCUACGAUCCGGCAAUAGAUGGGCCGGCGGAAGGUCCUUAUUUUCGUCGAUAUGACGACCGACGGGGCCCCUACUACGAUGUGAAUCUGGGACUGGAAUCGCUCUACUUCAACGGAAGGGAUGUGACCGGGUUCGUAGAGAAAUGAGAGAGUUACGCCUACCGGAAGAAGUUCUCGGAGAAAAAGUGGAUCGAUCACUUUAUACAACAUUCGGAUCCGGAACUGGACCAGGCCAUUAGGGCCAUAUACCCGGCUGAUGGGAGGUGGAGAACCUUCAAAAGCAGCUUAUUGAGGGUCUUCGCAUGUGACGAUCUGAUCCCCACGAUAGAAGGGUUGCGUCGGGUCAUGAGAGGGGAGCAAGAGAGUUUGGUGGCAUUUACUCGAAGAUUCAAACGUUUGUCGCAAACUUUGGUGGAUAGAGGGAUGCUCUAAGAAGUAGACAGGUGCGUGAUGUUCAUGUUGCACCUGCCUGAAGAAAAGAGGAAGGAGGUUAUCUAAAGGGCCCCUAGAGACUGCGAAUUUUGAUAAAGUCGCCGAGGUGGU